AUGCAUCUGAAUCCCGAAGAAUUCAAUCCUCGUGUCCAGUUAAUCCCCCAUGCUUUUGAUCAUUAUGCGAGAGUGAAACCGGACGCGAUCUACGCGGAAUAUACGGUCUCUCCCCUCAGCUAUGAACACGGUUAUCGCCCCAUUACCUUCAGUGACUUUUCCAACGCUGUCAAUGGCUUAGCGUGGUGGCUAACAGAGACCCUCGGCCCCGGAGAUGGGGAGACGCUGCCUUACAUCGGUUUGAAUGACGUGAGAUAUCCAGCCUUGAUCAUAGCAGCUGUGAAAGCGGGCUACUGUAUAUUCGUUACAUCGCCGCGCAACAGUGUAGCCGCGCAGGAUCACUUGUUUAAGCAAUUAAACUGCACGAAACUCCUGACACCGGCUCCCAGGCCUCCACCUGUGGCAGCUCUUGUAGAAAAUUUGAAGAUGGAUUUUUUUGAAAUUCCCAGUGUCGCUGAUUUGCUUAGCAAGAAGUACCCUGAGUUCGAAUAUAGUCGUACUUAUCCGGAUCAUGUACAAGACAAAGUUGUUGUUAUUCACACAUCGGGCUCCACUGGUAUGCCAAAGCCUUUAUUUUACACUCACGAUUCGUUCCACAAGACUCUGGAAAUGGGUAAUCUCAGUGCCCCGGAGGGUUAUGAAUCUCAGAACGACUAUAUGCAUGGUAAGCGCAUGUUCUUGACAUUGCCCGCGUUUCAUGCGGCCGGUGUGGCAUUCAUGAUAUCAACAAGCCUUGCCAUGGAGAUCACAUUGAUUAUCCCAACAACAGGUGGUCUUCCAACCGCAACAGCGCUUGCUCAAGCUGCGAAACUCACUCGCAUCGAGUGUGCUUUCGUUGUUCCAUCCAUAGUACAAGAGCUAGCCCAAGACUCUGAGCUCUUAGCCGAUUGUAGUGAACACCUGAAUCUUCUAGCGUAUUGCGGUGGUGAUCUGCCACAGUCUAUUGGCGAUAUCGUAGCCUCUAAAAUCAGACUGGUCAAUCAAUACGGUGCCUCUGAGGUCGCAUUACUGCACUCAAUUCACUCAAAGACAAAUCGAGAUCCUCGCAAAGAUUGGCGUUAUGUUCAUUUUCACCCACAGACAGGGACCGAAUUUCGUCCUGUCACAGACGGUGAAUCCGAAUUAGUUGUGGUACGGAGCCCGGAGAAACAGAAAUAUCAGGUGCCUUUCACUAUGUAUCCUGACCGGCAAGAAUAUCACACAAACGAUCUCUGGAUACGCCAUCCUGAUCCACAUAAAACUGAUUUAUGGCGCUGGAGCUCUCGAAUGGAUGAUAUAAUUGUGCUUCUAAAUGGGGAGAAAACAAAUCCGAUAUCGAUGGAACAGCAUAUAGUUGCUUCCAAUGCCGAGAUUUCAGGAGCUCUAGUGGCAGGKGCACAGCGAUUCCAGGCCUGUCUCAUAAUUGAGCUCAGUGCAGAUUACCUAACGAGCUUGGGAACAAGUUACCAGGGUAAUCCGGGUGAGCGCAUGGCGAUGAUCGAGAGAUUUUGGCCCAGUAUUGCCGAAGCAAAUGCCUCGUGUCCCGCCCAUGCUCGCAUCGCGAAGACUCACAUUCUGUUCACGAGUCCAGACAGACCGAUGCUUCGCACUGGCAAGGGCACAGUUCAGCGAGCUGGAACAUUGAGGCUGUAUGCUCAAGAGCUAGACGAAUUGUAUGAUCUUGCUGAAAAGCUGGUCUCAACAGAAGACAGCGAGACUAGGGGCCCUGGUUCGACUGAUGAUACCCAGGAGCUUUCACAAUAUAUUGUUCAAACGUUGUCAAAUAUCACGAAGUGGAAUCCGAACGAAAUCAACGAGACAGACAAUUUCUUUUCUCUUGGUCUUGACUCACUGCAAGCUAUUACUGCGUCACGCCGGUUUAGAUAUGGCCUGGAUUUUCCCCGCUUCACACCGAAUUUGAUUUACCUUAAUCCUUCCGUUGAAAAGCUUGCACAAGCAAUUCGCCAGGCAAGGAAUGACAUCAAAAUUUCGGAAGAGAUCCAGGUAGAAACCCAGCUUAAAGAGAGAAACGACAUUCUUCUCGAGUAUGCUCAAAAGAUCAACACUGUCCCAAAACAUACGGUUAUUUUGACAGGCUCAACUGGUAACCUUGGUACAUACAUCUUGAAUGUCCUACUUCAUCAUCCUUCUGUGGCGCAUAUUCAUUGUCUAAAUCGAAGAGUUCCUACUACCGAUAGCACGUCAUAUGGCAAUCAUUUCGACCCGGAACGGGUUAGCUUCUGGAAAACAGAUAUUUCUCACAAUGAUCUAGGGUUAUGCCCAGAGGUCUUGGAAAAGUUAAAGGAAGAAACUACGUUGAUCAUUCAUAAUGCUUGGGCCGUGAACUUCAAUCUAUCCCUUUCUUCUUUCAAGCCCCACCUUUCAGGCGUGGUCAAUUUGAUUAAUUUCUGCCUGUCAGCUGCCAAAUCCCCGCAUUUCUUCUUUCUCUCCUCAGUUACCUCUGUUUUGGGUCAUCAGAUCGAUUCGUAUAGCAUUCCAGAGGCAGUCAUUGAAACAAAUUCUCCCGCGCCUAACGGCUACGGCAGCAGCAAAUAUAUAGCCGAACAACUGCUUCUUCAUGCUGCGCGAAGUAGUUCUUCUACAAGCAUGUCACUCGCUCGAGUCGGACAAGUCGCGGGUGCCGUUCAAUCACCCGGUCUAUGGAACAAGAGCGAAUGGUUGCCAAGCCUCAUUCUGAGCUCAUUGCAUGUCGGUGCCAUCCCAGAUAAUAUUGGCAUUACUCUCGGCCAUAUCGACUGGAUGCCUGUCGAUUCUUUAGCAGAGGUGCUUGUGGAGUUGGCUUUGAGGAAUGACCCCGCUAUUCCAGACAGACCUGUCAAUGUUUUCCACCCGAUGAAUCAACAUCCUCUUACCUGGGGAGACAUUCGUGACUUAUUUUCCAAGGCUCUCUCGCGGCGCUCCGGUAAAAAGAUUAAGACAAUUCCGCUCGCGGAUUGGAUUCAACUAGUACGAAGCGAUAUAGAGUCCGCUUCGAGGGAUGUGGACUUAAAGGCGCUGUUGGCUGUGAACCCGGCUGCUAAGUUACUGGAUUUCUUUGAUGAUGCAUUAAACAGUCAGUCAGCGGGCUAUUCGUUGGAUGCUACUAUAACAGCUGAACGGAGCGAGAAGCUACGAAAUGUCAGUGCAAUUAAACCUGAAUGGAUUGAAAAGUGGGUUACAGAAUGGUUGCAGUGA